GGCGGGAUGGGGCCCCUUUCCCCGAGAACUGGGAGAGGCCUCGGCCUACCUGCAAAGUGGGAUUGUGAGCCUCGGGUCGUCCGGAAGAGCGGUAGGAAGGACGGAGGCGGGGUCCCUCUGUCCUCUGCAACGCCGCCUUCUCCCGGCGUUUCUAUCUGCAAAACAAACCAACGUCCAGCGGCUCCGUGAGAUGCCCAUCGUUGCUCCCAUUUUAUGGAUGAAGACACCGAGUCUUAGAGGAAUUACGUGAGUGGUACCCCUCCUGGGUGUGCUGAGUAACUGGGACUCGCCCCGCUGCCUCCCGCCCCCCAGGCCUAGGUCCCCCGGCCCCGUCCCCAGGCUCAGUUGUGGGCACGGCCUCCUCCCUCAGAAAGCCACUCCGUGGGAUCGGGUUUCCCAGGCAGGCGUUCCGCUGGGCUCCAGGCUCCAGCACAGCGGGGCGCACGGACACGGGCCCGCCCCACUUCCCGAACUCCAGGGGUUAAGGCCCGGGUCCCGCCCCUUUUCCCGCCCGGCCGGCGGGAGUAUGAAUAGCCUCGUUCCCACUCCCGACGUUCAGUCGCUCGGCUGCUCCUCGCCCCGCCCCGUCAUUGUCCCCGCCGGUCUCCUUUUCCCUCCCCGUCCGUCCUGAGAGCUUUGAGAGUUGCUGGCUUCUCCCGCUGCCCCGCGUCUUUCCACCUUCGGUGGGUCAGACUUGCGAGCAAGAUGGAGGGCUGCCUGGGGGAGGAAUCUUUUCAGAUGUGGGAGCUCAACCGGCGCCUGGAGGCCUACCUGGCGCGGGUGAAGGCCCUAGAGGAGCAGAACGAGCUGCUCGGCGCGGAGCUCGGGGGCCUCCGGGCACAGACCGGGGACGCUUCCUGGCGCGCCCGCGCGGACGACGAGCUGGCGGCCCUGCGGGCCCUCGUCGACCAGCGCUGGCGGGAGAAGCACGCGGCCGAGGUGGCGCGCGACAACCUUGCGGAAGAGGUGGAGGGCGUGGCAGGCCAGUGCCAGCAGCAGCGACUGGCGCGGGAGCGGGCGGCGGCGGAGGCGGCCCGCAUCCGGCGUGCGGCCGAGGCCGAGAAGUGCGCCCAGGCCCGGCUGAGCUCCCGGGCGGCGGAGCUGGAGCGCGAGCUGGAGGGCGUAUGCGCGGCGCACGAGGAGGAGCGGGCCGUCCUGAGCGCCCGGCCCCGCAGGCCCGUGACUUUUCCAACUUUGUCUAGAAUAGGGUGGGGAUGGCGGGGUUCAGAGCCCUGUCAAAGCACACCCCUGGCCGGCCGGGGUGGACAAGCGCACCACCGUCGCAGCCUCAACACUGUCGUCGGGGCCCCCGGGCUUCUCCCUGGGCUCUGCUGCGGCUCAGAAGAUGCGCAGGUCACCACUCCCGGCCCCCAGCCCAGCCCCCACCCGCCGCACCGAGUCUGCCCCGUUCCUAACUGCCCUCCUCCCCGACAGGAGGGGGUCAGGGGCCCUCGAUGUGCGGCCACCAGCCCUACUCCCAUGUCACGGCUUCUCAGCUCCCUCCAGCACAUUCCAGAGGCCGGGACAGCUGCUCGCCCUCACACUGCGCAGAUGGGACCAGCAGCUGAGAAAAUAGCCUCCCGCCUGGGCCAGACCGAGCUGACCGUGGACGCUCUGGAGCAGGAGAGGCAGGGCCUGCAGAGCCAGAUUGCCCAGGUCCUGGAAGGUCGGCAGCAGCUGGCACACCUCAAGAUGUCCCUCAGCCUGGAGGUGGCCACCUACAGGACCCUCCUAGAGGCUGAGAACUCCCGGCUGCAGAGCCCCGGCAGUGGUUCCAAGGCUUCCUUCAGCUUCCAGGACCCUAAGCUGGAGCUGCAUUUCCCUGGGACCCCAGAGGGCCGGCAUCUGGGACCUUUACGCUCUGCCCUGAGCCCUACUUCCCUCUCCUUGCCUUUGCCUGAUGCCCUUGAGACACCUGUGCUAGGCUUUCUGAAGAGCCAAGAAUUCCUCCAGGCCCGUACCCCAACCUUGGCCAGCACCCCCAUCCCGCCCACACUUCUGGCUCCCUGUGCUGUUACAGAUGCAGAGAUCAGAGCCCAGGAUGCCCCCCUCUCCCUGCUCCAGCCACAGAUCAGGAGGCAGCAGGCUCCAGAGGCCAUGCAGGCUAAAGCCGCAGUGGCCAUCCCUUCCAGUGUCCUGCCAGGACCAGAGGAGCCGGGGGGUAAGCAGCAAGGGGCCAGUACUGGCCAGUCCCCUGAGGAUCGUACCUCCUUGGCCCCACCCCUCAGCCAUGACCCCUGUAGUUUAGAGGCCAAAGGGAGAGAACCCAGUGGGUCUAGAAUGGCCAGCAGAUUCCAGGAGGAAGGUGAAGGGCAAAUCUGGGGGCUGGCAGAGAAAGAAACAGCCAUAGAGGUCAAAAUGGUGAACAGUUUGCAGCAGGAAACACGGCAAGAAGAUGGGGGUCUGAACAUGAAGGAAAUCCAGGAUUCCCAGGGUCCUUUGGAAAAAGAAACUCUGAAGUCUGUGGAGGAGGAAAUUCAAGAGCCACUGAUGUCUCUGGAAAAACAGAGCCAUGAGACACUGAGAUCUCUAGAGAAGGAGAAUCCAGAAUCUCUGCUGUCUUUAGAAGAAGAGAGGUUAGAUACAUCAAAAGGUCUAGAAAAGGAGAAUCAAGAGCUAUUGGCAUCUUUAGAAGAGAAGGAUGCAGAAGUAGUGAGACCUCUAGAAAACAAGACUCUAGGACUACUCAAGCCUGUAGGGAAAGAGGACCCACAGACAGUGCAAUCUCUAGAAAAGGAGAAUCAAGAACUAAUGAGGUCUCUUGAAGGUAAUCUAGAGACAUCUUUGUAUCCAGAAAAGGAAAAUCAAGAGUUAGUACGGUCUCUAGAAGAGAACUUUGAGUCAAUGAGAGAUUUAGAAAAGGAGAAUCAAGAGCCACUGAGGUCUCUGGAAGAUGACAAUCUAGAGAAAUUGAGACUACUAGAAAAAGAGAACCAAGAGUGUCUACACCCUCCAGAAGAUGAGAAGCAUAAGACCUUGAGACCUCUAGAAAAAGAGAACGAGGAACCACUGAAGUCUCUAGGAGAAGAAGACCAAGAGACAUUGAGGUCUCUAGAAAAAGAGAACCAGGAGCCAGUGAAGUCUCUAGAAGAUGAGAACCAGGAGACAUUGGGAUCUUUAGAAAAAGAGAACCAGAGGUCCUUGAAGUCUCUAGAAGAAGAGGACCAGGAGCCAGUGAGGUCUCUAGAAGAAGACCAGGAGACAUCAAGGUCUCUAGAAAAAGAGAACCAGGAGACAUUGGGAUCUUUAGAAAAAGAGAACCAGAGGUCCUUGAAGUCUCUAGAAGAAGAGGACCAGGAGCCAGUGAGGUCUCUAGAAGAAGACCAGGAGACAUCAAGGUCUCUAGAAAAAGAGAACCAGGAGACAUUGGGAUCUUUAGAAAAAGAGAACCAGAGGUCCUUGAAGUCUCUAGAAGAAGAGGACCAGGAGCCAGUGAGGUCUCUAGAAGAAGACCAGGAGACAUCAAGGUCUCUAGAAAAAGAGAACCAGGAGACAUUGGGAUCUUUAGAAAAAGAGAACCAGAGGUCCUUGAAGUCUCUAGAAGAAGAGGACCAGGAGCCAGUGAGGUCUCUAGAAGAAGACCAGGAGACAUCAAGGUCUCUAGAAAAAGAGAACCAGGAGACAUUGGGAUCUUUAGAAAAAGAGAACCAGAGGUCCUUGAAGUCUCUAGAAGAAGAGGACCAGGAGCCAGUGAGGUCUCUAGAAGAAGACCAGGAGACAUCAAGGUUUCUAGAAAAAGAGAACCAGGAGCCAGUGAAGUCUCUAGAAGACGAGAAUCAGGAGACAUUGGGAUCUCAAGAAAAAGAGAACCAGGAGCCAGUGAAGUCUCUAGAAGAUGAGAAUCAGGAGACAUUGGGAUCUCUAGAAAAAGAGAACCAGAGGUCCUUGAGGUCUCUAGAAGAAAAGGACCAGGAGACAAUGAGACCUCUAGUAGAAGAGAACCAGGAGCCAGUGGGGUCUCUAGUAGAAGAAGACCAGGCAACACUGAGACUUCUAGAAAAAGAGAACCGGGAGCCAGUGAAGUUUCUAGGAGAUGAAAACCAGGAGACAUUGAGAUCUCAAGAAAAAGAGAACCAGGAGCCAGUGGAGUCCGUCGUAGAAGACCAGGCAAUAUUGAGACCUCUAGAAAAGGUGAAACCAGAGCCACAAAUGUCUCUUGGAAAAGACCAGAAGAUAGUUAGACCUCUUGAAAAUGAGAAUCAACAGUUAUCAAGGCUCCUAAAAGAAGAGAGUGUAGAGGCAAUGAGAUCUUCAGAAACAGAGGAUCUAGAACCACUAAAGCCUGCAAGAGAAGACUUGGGAAUAUUGAAAUCUCUAGAAACUCAGGAGCCACUGUGGUCUCCAGAAGAAAUCAAUCAGGAGACAAUGAAACCUCUACAGAAGGAAGCCCAAGAACCGCUGGAGUCUGUGGAACAUGACCAAGAGACACUGAGGCCUCUAGAAAAGGAGAAUCAGGAAUCACUGAGAUCUCUGGGCGGGUGGAACCUAGAGAAUCUGAGACCUCCAGAAGAGCUAGCUCAGGAAAGUCAAGGGUACCUGACCAAGGAAGAGACCCCCCAGCAGAAGGAGAAUCCAGAGUCGCCAAGGCCUUUGAAAGAGGAAGGACAGGAGUUGCCACCGUCUGCCGACCACCAGAGGUGGGAAGAUAUGGUGGGGGACCGAGAACUGGAUCAGGAUUUGCCCCCUGGCAGGGUGGCAGCGGGACAGGAGGCUGAGGCAAAGCUGGACGGGAUAGAGUGGGGUGGCGUCGCCGGGAAGGAGUCUGUGGGGCAUGGACAGGGGCUGCUGGCGGCCGCCGGGGAUGUCUGGAGCACAGGCGAGGGGCACCCAGGGAGCCCUGAGCCCAAGAAGCAGAGGGACCCAGUUGAGGGAGCCAGUGGGGAGGGAGGCACUGAGGGUUUCCGGGACCCCGAAGGGCAGCCAGAACAAGUGGGGGUGCCAGGCCUCCAAGCUCCACAGGGAGUGUCAGAGGCCAGAGAGCCGGUGUUGGAAGGUGGAGACGAGUCCCCAGGGGGUGGCCAGGCCUCCCCAGAGGUCACUUUGGGUUUAGAGACAGCUGUGGGCGAGUCUGGUGUGGGAAGCCGGCGGGGCCGAGAGCAGGAGAUGGUAGGGUUGGAAGACCCAAGCCGCCCCGCCAGAGAGGAGGGGGUGGCGCCACCCAUGGGCGAGGAACGUUUGGAGGCAGAGAGGAUGCAGGGCUUGGAAGGGCCCAGAGAGGACCCAGAGGACACAGCUGCUCUGGACCCAGACCUUUCCACCCUGUCCAGGAAGAGCAUAGCCCCCCCGGAGCCUCUCAGGGGCUGGGAGGAGGCAGAGCCUGAGGCCCCCUGGGGGGCAGAGGCCAGGCUUCCUGCUGAGACCAAGUGCCCCUCUCAGAGUGGAAGCAGCAGGGGUACCCCUCAGCCCAGGCCCCUGGGGUCAGAGGAAGCAGGGGAAGAAGCAGAGCUAGCAAGGGCGGCCCCCAGCCCAAGGCCCCCUGAGCCCCGGGCACCCACCCCCAACCCUGGAGAUGCCCCUGGCCUCCAGUUCCUGGCUGAGGGGAGCCAGGAGGCUGGCUGGGGCCUGGAGGGCAGAGCGCAGGCUCUGGGAAGGGUGGAGAGGGAGCGGGAGGAGUUGGGUUCUGAGGGGAGCCCUGAGGGUCUCCAGGAGGAGGGGGAGGAGAACAGAGAAGACAGUGAGGCUGACGAGCUUGGGGAGACUCUUCCUGACUCCACGCCCCUGGGCCUCUAUCUCCGGUCCCCGGCCUCCCCCAGGGGGGACCUGGUUGGAGAGCAGAGGCCCUUCCCUCAAGGGGAGGCCAGAAAGGAAGGCUGGGAUCCUUCUGUCCAGACCUCUGAGGGGGCCUGGCUGGGGGAAGAGGAGGAGGAGGAGGUCGGGAACAAGGAGGAAGAGGAGGAAGGUGGUCAGGACUCUGACUUGUCAGAGGAAUUGGAGGACCUGGAGACCCAGGGUUCUCUCCUGCCUGGGGUCCCCGGGGAGGCUGUGGCACCUGCAGGUCAUGUGCCUCAGCUGCUCCUGGAGCCUGCAGCCUGGGAUGGGGAUGGGGAGUCUGACGGGUUUGCAGAUGAGGAAGAAAGUGGGGAGGAGGGAGAGGAAGACAAAGAGGAAGAAGAUGGGAGGGAGCCGGGGGCCAGCCGGUGGACCCCGGGGUCCUCUGUCAGCACCCUCCUGGCCCUGAGUGGCCCUCAGAGAGGGAACUUCUUGGGGUCUGAGACCACAGAUGUCAGCGUCCCCUGGGAUGACGGCUUGAGGGGCAUGGCAGGCGAUGUCCGCAUGGCUGCCCUGGAGACUGAGUCCCAGGACAGCACGGAGCCCUCGGGCUCGGAUGAGGAGUCUGACCCUGUUCCCUUGGAGAGGGAGGACCAGGUCUCUGACCCUCUGGGAACCCUCAGUGGGGUGGGAGACACGGGUCUGGGAGUAGGGGACACCCUUGGUGUCAAUGGCCAGGGCCCCAGCCUGAAGGAGGAGUUAGAGCGUGUGAGUGGGGGGGUGGUAAACGGGCUGCAGCAGGCUGAGGGAGGAGGGCAGGGGAAACUGGGGGGCCCCGAGGGGGACCAAGGCAGCCCCUUGGAAGAGGAGGAGGAUGAGGGGGGUGCCCUGAAGUCCCCUUGGGCAGGACCUCCUCUUCACCUGGGCGCAGGCCAGUUCCUGAAGUUCACUCCGAGGGAAGGAGAUGUAGACUCCUGGUCCUCAGGGGAGGACUAGAGAGAGCUCCUCCUCCCUCCCUGAGGACUUGGGGGGGGGCGUCCCUAAGCCCCCUCCCUGCUCAGAGGCAGCGCCCUUAAGUUAUGAUCUCUUGACCUGCGGUUUCUGUCCCAGAGGCCUGGCCGGCCAGGGUGAAGCAGGGUGUGGCCUGGCGUUGUGCUGGCAGAACGAGGCUGCGGAACACCACCCAGCCCCUCAGACCCUGCCGCCCUGACCGCUGUAGGACUAGGCCCCUUCCCUUGCACACCCCUGCGCCCCUCCUGUCCUCUGGGAAGGGCUCCUCCCUGGGGGAGAGAGGUGGUGGGCCUCACCACCUGGCUCACCCGCCCUGUCCCCCCUGCUGCCCCCUCUUGGGGUGCCUGGCCAUCGGGUGAGGGGGUGCUCCUGGGUCCCGACCCCCCAUGUUCCUGCCCUGUUGUGUGUGGCUCAUCCCCGCCUGAAUAAAGUCAUCCUUCCGCCUCGGAAGUCUGGCCUCUUCCUUCC